GGGUGCCUACUAUGGGGGAGCAGGGUGGUGGUUCCGCCCCAAUUGCAAAAGCGGGUGCUCGAGUCCCUACAUGAGACCCAUCCCGGCAUAGUCAGAAUGAAGGCGUUAGCCAGGAGCUACGUCUGGUGGCCGGGGAUGGACGGGGAGAUUGAGGACUGGGUCCGGAGGUGCCAGACAUGCCAAGCAACACGCCCCGAGCCGCCUAGCGCCCCCACCACUCGAUGGGAAUCCCCCGGGAAGCCAUGGUCGAGGCUCCACAUAGACUUCGCGGGGCCAUUCCAGGGGCAGAUCUUCAUGAUAAUCGUGGACGCACACACCAAAUGGCUGGAGGUCAUUCCGGUAGGGUCCACCUCGUCCGCCGCCGCAAUCCGAGCACUACGCAGGGUCCUAUGCACACACGGGAUCCCGGACACCAUAGUCUCGGAUAACGGGACCGCGUUUACAUCGGCGGAUUUCCAGGCGUUCCUCCAGAGAUAUCUAAUCAGGCACAUAAGGUCCGCCCCCUUCCAUCCGGCCACCAACGGCCAGGCCGAGCGGAUGGUCCGCACAACCAAAGAGGCCCUGAGCCGGAUCGUGCAGGGCGACUGGGACCACAGGUUGGCCGCGUUUCUUUUCGACAAUAGGAUCACCCCCAACCCGAUCACGGGGGUCAGUCCGGCAGAGCUCCUCAUGGGGCGC